AACCAACGAUUUACAUCAUCUCUCUCUCUCUCCUCUCUCACAAAGAGAACUACAGAUUGUGAUAGAGCACUCACGACUCUUCCUUGUCCGCUCUGGUGGCAAACAUCUCAGGCCGGCCUUACCCCUUCCACACACUCCAAGAUUCACAACCAUCUUUAGAGAAUUCUACAUCUUAUUAGGAUUCAAUCCAGCCUCGAAUUCCAUCGCUUUAUAUUUCAUGCGAGUUUUUGUGAAAAUAUAGACACCGACAAAUCCCGAUCUGCAGGCGGAUUCGAAUUCCUUGUAUUUUCGGUAUUUGCACGAGCUGGGUAGGUCGGGGUUUUGGGUUCGAUCUUUUUUUUUUCUCCCGAUUUGAUUGUUGGGUUUGUUUCAAUCAGAGAUUGGAAUCACAAUUUUCGGGUUCCGUUUGAAAUGGUCUAUUUCCAUAACUCAAUCUCGGUCUACAACUCCGUUGACCAACCCACUGCAAUGGCUGACACUAAAUCAAGGCUUAACAAUCAUGUAUCAAGGAACCGAAAGGCACCCUAUUUGCCUAAUUGCUCGAAAAUCCCGGUUUGUGCUCGAUCUCGAUCGGCGGCAGUCGAUAUAGUAAUCCUUAUUGUCGUUAUUGGUGCUUGUGGAUUUUUGCUGUUCCCUUAUAUUAGGUUUAUGGUCGUUGAGCUUAUUGGAAUUGUUGGAGCGAUUGUUCGUGUGGUUAGGGAGGAAGUUGCUGAUGCUCCGAUGAUAUAUGGUUCUAUAGGACUCAGCGUUUGCUGUGCUGCAUUGGCUGCCUGGAUGGUUGUGAUAUGUACUUGCCGGAAAUGUGGGAAUCCGAAUUGCAAAGGGCUGAGGAAGGCGGCGGAGUUCGAUAUUCAGUUGGAGACAGAGGAGUGCGUGAAGAACUCGACUAAUUUGGUUAAAGAUGGAGGACUAAAGAAGGGUCUGUUUGAAUUGCCACGCGAUCACCACCGGGAAUUGGAGGCGGAGCUCAAGAAGAUGGCGCCGCCUAAUGGAAGAGCAGUCCUUGUUUUUCGUGGGAGGUGUGGAUGUUCUGUUGGUAGAUUGGAAGUUCCGGGGCCGAAGAAGCAUCGGAAGAGCAAAAAGUAGGAUUGAUGUUGAUUGUUCUAAUUCAAUACAGGAUAAUCAAGAUACAGGAAUAACCAUAACGCAGAGAGAAGGGCCUUCUCUUGUUGAUCUUUUUCAGAACUAUGUCGUCUUUAAAUAAGCUUAUGGUAAUAAGUUGUAAGAAUUAUAUAGAGCGGGAAUAUAAGAAUCCUUUAAUUUA